GGCGGUCGCCUUUAAAGGCGCCGGCCCGCUGCCCGCGGACCGUCAGGCUGGAGGGAGCCGAAGUCCCUGCUCUCCCCGCGCCCUGGGGAUGCCCCUGCUGUCCCGACUGCCCGCUAGCCUGAGCCACCCGCGCAUGUGACCGCGCGCCCACCCCAGUCCCAUCCGUAGACGCCUGGCCCCGCAGCGGCCUCGUUGUCCCCACCGACCCCCGCCGGCCCCCGCCCGGUUUCCCGCGCUGCCACCCGCCGCCGGCCUGGCCGCCAUGCAGGCGCGAGCGCUGCUCCUGGCCGCGUUGGCCGCUUUGGCGCUGGCCCGGGAGCCCCCCGCGGCGCCGUGUCCCGCGCGCUGCGACGUGUCGCGGUGUCCCAGCCCCCGCUGCCCCGGCGGCUACGUGCCCGACCUCUGCAACUGCUGCCUGGUGUGCGCCGCCAGCGAGGGCGAGCCCUGCGGCAGCCCCCUGGACUCGCCUUGUGGGGAGAGCCUGGAGUGCGUGCGCGGCCUGUGCCGCUGCCGCUGGACGCACGCCGUGUGUGGCACCGACGGGCACACCUAUGCCAACGUGUGCGCGCUGCAGGCGGCCAGCCGCCGCGCACUGCAGCUCUCCGGGACGCCCGUGCGCCAGCUGCAGAAAGGCGCCUGCCCGCUGGGUCUCCGCCAGCUGAGCAGCCCACGCUACAAAUUCAACUUCAUCGCUGACGUGGUGGAGAAGAUCGCACCAGCCGUGGUCCACAUAGAGCUCUUCCUGAGACACCCGCUGUUUGGCCGCAACGUGCCCCUGUCCAGCGGCUCUGGCUUCAUCAUGUCAGAGGCCGGCCUGAUCAUCACCAAUGCCCACGUGGUGUCCAGCAACAACGCUGCCUCGGGCAGGCAGCAGCUCAAGGUGCAGCUACAGAAUGGGGACUCCUAUGAGGCCACCAUCAAAGACAUCGACAAGAAGUCGGACAUCGCCACCAUCAAGAUCCAUCCCAAGAAAAAGCUCCCUGUGUUGUUGCUGGGCCACUCAGCUGACCUGCGGCCUGGGGAGUUUGUGGUGGCCAUCGGCAGUCCCUUCGCCCUGCAGAACACCGUGACAACGGGCAUCGUCAGCACUGCCCAGCGGGAGGGCAGGGAGCUGGGCCUCCGGGACUCCGACAUGGACUACAUCCAGACGGACGCCAUCAUCAACUACGGGAACUCCGGGGGACCGCUGGUGAACCUGGAUGGCGAGGUCAUUGGCAUCAACACGCUCAAGGUCACGGCUGGCAUCUCCUUUGCCAUCCCCUCGGACCGUAUCACACGGUUCCUCACAGAGUUCCAAGACAAGCAGAUCAAAGACUGGAAGAAGCGCUUCAUCGGCAUACGGAUGCGGACGAUCACACCAAGCCUGGUGGAUGAGCUGAAGGCCAGCAACCCAGAUUUCCCAGAGGUCAGCAGUGGAAUUUACGUGCAAGAGGUUACGCCGAAUUCGCCUUCUCAGAGAGGCGGCAUCCAAGAUGGUGACAUCAUCGUCAAGGUCAACGGGCGUCCUCUGGUGGACUCGAGUGAGCUGCAGGAGGCCGUGCUGACCGAGUCUCCUCUCCUGCUGGAGGUGCGGCGGGGGAACGACGACCUCCUCUUCAGCAUCGCACCCGAGGUGGUCAUGUGAGGGGGCGCAUUCCUCCAGCGCCACGCGCCAGAGCCUGCAGAUAACGGAGGGCACCGCUCCCCGAGAUCAGGACGAAGGACCACCAUCGGUCCUCAGCAGGGUGGCAGCCUUCUCCUGGCUGUCCGGGGCAGAGCGAAGGCUGGGCUUGGCCAGGGGCCCGAAUUUCCGCCUGGGGAGUAUUGGAUCCACCUCCCAGUGCAGGGAGGGAAGCCCAACAUCCCCUUGUACAGAUGCUCCUGAAAGUCACUUUCAGGUUCUCGGGAUAUUCACAAAACUGCCUUCCCUGGAGGUCCCCUCCUCUCCUAGCUUCCCGCCUCCGCCCCUGUGAACACCUGUCUGCAGUACCCCCGCUCCUGCCCCUCCUACUGCAGGUCUGGGCUGCCAAGCUUCUUCCCCACUGACAAACGCCCACCUGACCUGAGGCCCCAGCUUCCCUCUGCCCCAGGACUUACCAAGCUGUAGGGCCGAGGCUGCUGCCUGCCAGCCUGGGGUCCCUGGAGGACAGGUCACAUCUGAUCCCUUCGGGGUGGGGGGUCCAGCCCGGGGCAGGCACUGAGUGAAUGCCCCCUGGCUGUGGAGCUGAGCCCCGCCCUGCUGUGAGGAUUUCCUCCCCAGGCAGGCAGGAGGCCACGGGGAGCACGUGGAAAGUUGGCUGCUGCCUGGGGAAGCUUCUCCUCCCCAAGAUGGUCAUGGGGCGGCCUGCAGAGGACAGUGGACGUGGAACUGUGGGGUGUGAGGACUGAGCCGGCUUCCCCUUCCCACGCAGCUCUGGGAUGCAGCAGCUGCUCGCAUAGAAGUGCCGCCCAGAGGCAAGCGGGCUCCUGGGCAUCACCCCCCUCACCCAGGGAACAAGUGUGUCUCAAGGGGCAUUUGUGAGCUUUGCUGUAAAACAGAUUCCCAGUGUCGCUUGUACUGUAUGUUUCUCUACUGUAUGGAAAAUAAAGUUUACAAGCACAUGGUUCUCA